AUGGGUUCUAUGGGGAUGCAGAUGAUAGGCAGCGCCCUGGCCCUUUUCGGCUGGACCGGGGCAAUCAUUGUGUGCGCCUUGCCCAUGUGGCGGGUCUCAGCCUUCAUUGGCAACAACAUAGUGACCUCCCAGACCAUAUGGGAGGGCAUCUGGAUGAGCUGCGUGGUCCAGAGUACAGGCCAGAUGCAGUGUAAGGUGUACGACUCCAUGCUGGCUCUGGGCACUGACCUCCAGGGGGCUCGGGCACUGAUGGUGGUUUCCAUCAUCACAGGUGUCGUAGGGCUCCUCAUUUCCUUCGCUGGUGGGAAGUGCACCAACAUCAUCAUAAGGAACUUCUACAGCCCUCUGCUAAUAGAUGCCCAGAAAAGAGAGCUGGGAGCCUCUCUUUACAUCGGCUGGGGGGCUGGAGGGCUGCUGGUGCUGGGAGGGGGGCUUUUGUGCGCCAACUGCCCCCCCAAGGAAGAAGAAGCCCCCUCUGUGAAGUACCUCAUAAACAAGUCUACAGGAGGAUACAGCAGAGGGGAUCCUGACACCCCUGCCCAGUCUGUUACACCACCAAAGACCUACAUUUGA